GGCGCAAACACAUUCAGCCUUACUUAUAAACGUUUAUUAAAAUUAAGACACAGUUUAACAGUCUAUUAAAUAAUAUCUUCACUUAUAAACGAUCAUUAGUGUUAAUCAACGUCUUAGUGACUGCUUAAAUAACUGUCAAGUUAAACAGCGUCCGACCCUUGUUUAGAGCCCUAAUUACCAAAAUGGCGGAUCAUAAAGUUAACAGCUGAUGCGUGACGUGCCAUGCAACGCGCUGUUCUGUUCGUUUGUGUUUGUUUGUGAAGUGAAAUAAUUUUAUUAAAAUGGAUUUAUUUGAAGACGAUAAUGUGUUACACACAUACCAAAACGACAUUGAAGAAAUAAGCAAUUUCAGAAAUAUCGGUUUAGGGAGAAAUAGAAGACCAAAAGUGUAUAAUUCAAGAGCUAACCCAAUGGAGGAAUUGAGUGAAAAUGAAUUUAAACAUCGUUACAGAUUUAGCAAAGAAAAUAUGGAAAAAAUUAUAAACAUUUUAAGAAAUGAUUUGUCCGUGGAUAGCCGGGGCGGCAGUAUACCUGUGGAGUUGCAAGUAAUGGCAGUUAUCAGAUACUGGGGCCGCCACGAGAUUCAAGAAGACUGUGCCGAAAUCCAUGGUAUGAGUCAGCAGACAUUAUCAAGAUUAUCCAAAAGAGUUGCUAUUGCAUUGGCCUCAAAAAGUCCCAUUUAUAUUAAAAUGCCUUCAAAUUUAAGAGAAGAAACAGAAACCAUUCGAAAAUUUGAAGCAAUUUGUGGUUUCCCACAUAUUACUGGAGCAAUAGAUUGCACUCAUAUUAAAAUAAGAAAAGUUGGAGGAGAUGCUGGUCAGUACUAUGUAAACCGGAAAGGACAGUAUUCAAUAAACACUCAAGUUGUGUGCAAUGCUGAUUUAAAGAUUUGUGAUAUUGUUUGCCACUGGAGAGGUAGCACCCAUGAUGCAAGAAUUUGGCGUGAGAGUUCCAUAAAAAGGAGAUUCGAAGAUAAUGAAUUUAUGGGGAAACUUUUAGGUGACAGCGGUUACCCUUGUACUCCUUACUUGCUUACCCCAGUACUAAGACCAAGAACUGAAUCAGAGCAGCAGUACAAUUAUAGCCACAUUCGCACAAGAAAUGUCAUAGAAAGAUGUUUUGGUGUAUUGAAGCAACGGUUUCGAAUACUGCUAGAAGUUAUGAGAGGAUCACUCAGCACAAUUAAAACUACAAUUGUAGCUUGUGCAGUACUGCACAAUUUAGCAAUAGAUUUCAAAGAAAAUUUAGAUUAUGAUUCCACUUUCAGCGACCACAAUGUAGACACUGAGGCCAUUGAACAGGGUUCCAAUAACAUAGCCCAUAUUACCAGAAACAUAUUUAUUGAAAAUUACUUUUAAUGAUAAUUAAUACAGUUUUAUUUAAAAACA